UUUUACUUAGUCUGCAUGGUCAGCUGGAAGAAGGAAGUACAGAGCUAUGCUGUAGUACAGCUUAAACGAUAAAAGAAGUGCCUUAUCUGAUUAGCAUUUCCAUUGUGAGGCUUGCUACAGAUGUUUGCUUGCUGUGACUAAAAUCCUUUAACACCACAUUCUCCUAAAUAAUACAAGGCUGAAAAUGGCAGUUGCAGCUCUUGAAAUUGUCGGUUUGUGCCUCGGUGUCAUUGGUUUGAUAGGGACAACUGCUGUAACAGGUAUGCCCCAGUGGAGGGUUACAGCCUUCAUUGAAAGCAACAUCGUUGUCUUUGAAACUAUAUGGGAAGGUUUGUGGAUGAACUGUAUCCGGCAUGCGAAUAUAAGAAUGCAGUGCAAGGUGUAUGAUUCUCUUCUGGCACUGACCCCUGACCUUCAGGCUGCCCGAGGUCUGAUGUGUGUUGCCGUAAUUCUGACCUUAUUGGCUGUGUUAAUAGCUAUCAUUGGAAUGAAGUGCACACGGUGUACAGGAGAUAAUGAGCGUGUGAAAGGAUACAUAGUACUUACUGCUGGAAUUAUAUUUAUUUUGGCUGGAGUCAUAGUUCUGAUCCCAGUAUCCUGGACAGGGCAUAAUAUCAUCAGGGACUUUUAUAACCCUUUAGUCGACCUUGCACAGAAGAGAGAAUUGGGAGAGGCCUUGUACAUUGGCUGGGCAACUGCAGGUGUCCUUAUUGCAGGUGGAGCGAUCCUGUGUUGUACAUGUUGCUGUGCAAAAGAGGAAAAGAAGCAGUACAGUUAUUCACCACAACAAGCGACGUACUCAUCCCAUCAUGUCGCCCGAAGAACUGCAAGCACUUACAGCAAAAGUCAGUAUGUUUAAAGUGUGUUCAUGCGGUCAAAAUGGCAGUACUCUAGGAAGGAAGUAAAAACUUGAAAAAGUACUUUCGGAAAUGUAAAUGCAAUGUAAACUAGAGGACUGAGUUUGUAGAAAGUGAGGCAUGUUUAUAACAAUUCCAAUUACGGCAUGUCUGGUAACAAUACUUAUCAAGAGACAAACAGCAUCAUACAGUUUUUCAUUACUCAUUUCUUAUCAGUAAAAUUUUGUAAGUUUUAAUUCAAAUAAAAUUUACAAUGACAAAUGAGACAU